AUGUCGAAUUUAUCCAAACUUGAGUUUGUGGCAUUAGAUAUUUCUGGAAAGAAUUAUCUUUCAUGGGUACUCGAUGCUGAGAUUCACUUGGCUGCUAAAGGUCUUGAUGCCACUAUUACUCAGGGAAAUGAAGCAUCGAGUCAAGAUAAGGCGAAGACUGUGAUUUUCCUUCGUCAUCAUCUUGAUGAGGGCCUGAAGAUUGAAUAUCUGACAGUAAAAGAUCCACUUGAAUUGUGGACUGAUUUAAAGGGGAGAUAUGACCACCUAAAGGCAACAGUGUUGCCAAGAGCUCGUUAUGAGUGGAUGCAUUUACGGUUUCAAGAUUUUAAGACCGUAGUUGAAUACAACUCUGCUGUAUUCAGGAUAACCUCCCAGUUAAAAUUAUGUGGGAAGACUAUAAAAGAUGAGGACAUGUUGGAAAAGACACUUACUACUUUCCAUGCCUCAAAUGUGAUAUUGCAGCAGCAAUAUCGUGAAAAGGGUUUUCAGAAAUAUUCUGAACUAAUCUCAUGUCUUUUGGUGGCUGAGCAACAUAAUGCUCUUUUAAUGAAAAAUCAUGAAGCUCGUCCCACUGGAGCUGCUCCAUUACCGGAGGCAAAUGUGGUGGAAGCACGUGAUCAAUCUGAAGUAAAAAGAGAUGAUCAUCGGGGCUAUAAUAAUGCACGGGAACGUGGAAAAGAUAAAAGACGAUACACUAAUCGUCAAGAUGGUGGUCAUAAUAAAAGGGAGAACAACAUGAGUUCCCAAAAUAACCCCUCAAAAAAAAGGAAUAAAAGUGGUGCUUCCUCUUCCAAUGCUCGAGCUGAGUCACAUAUGACUCUUAAAAAUGAUGAUAAGCCGGGAACAUCUCAGAAAUAUGAUAAGGAUAUUGAAGCAAAUUUGGCUUUAAAGGAUGAUGUUUUUGAUGGCCUUGGUGACAUUACUCAUAUGGAAGUUGAUGACUUCUUUGGAGAUCGAAACUGA